AGAGCCCAUUCUUGAUACAUUUUAAAACAAAUAUGACGUACUUGAAAAAUAUUAAAUGGAGUACAGAAAGUGUACAACUGAAAUAUUUUAUAAAGAAAUAUGAUUUACCACAAAUCGUACAAGUUGAGGAAGGGUAUUACGGUCUCAAUAAUGAUGAUACGUUUAGUUCUGGACAAGAAUUAAAAUUACAUUCGGUUACACGGGAGAAAAAAGUGUUAUGUUACGACGAUAAUAAUACGCCAUACCACAUCCCGUUAUCCAACCAGGAAACGAUUGAAAUUGUUACGGAUAAUAUCGUUUUCAGCACCGUAGCUGAAUUAGCAGCGGCAGUACCCUUACCGAAACACGUAAGAAUGAAAAAUGGGUAUUUCUUUAACGACAACGAUGGUUCCCGUGCUAUAGCCAUUGAUGAGGGAGAUAUAUUACAAGUUAUGUCUCACAAUAAAAUAAUUUCUGAAGAAGAAUUGGAAAGCCAGAGCAUAAAUUUUAAGACUUCUUCGGGAGAAACAGUAAAUUUGCCUUUCAGCGCUACGGUAGACAUUGAGAUAUAUUUUGAGAAAAAAAAAUACACUUUAAGUGAACUUUUCCCAGAAGACGUCACUGAUAUUGAGCCUUCCAUAAGUUUUAAAUUUACGCGGUUACCUGGGUUCGAGUUGGGCGUCUUGAGGUGUAAACAAAUCUAUAGCGAUGACCUUGUUAUUGCAUCCAGCACACAAGACAAGUUAAAGUAUGUGUUCACAAUACCACAGCAGCUUGAACUCACAGUGAAGAUCGCAGAAGGAACUAUAGCAGAGGACAAAAUAUAUGAAGAGAUUCGCGCGAAUUAUCAUAAUUUUGCAGGGCUGGAAGACGAGGUGAAAACUAACCGAAGCAGUCAGAUUUUUCGAACGUCUUCAGAAGUAUAUAGAUAUCUUUACAAAAAUUCAAGUGAAACGAAAUGUUUGUUGGGAAACAAGGGAUCACAGUGUCAAACCAACAGACCGGUUACCCAUCCUAAGUUUCGAACGAUGACAAAUAAUCCUCCUCUUGUAGAACGCGAGAAAAAGCCUUUUCCCGCGAAUAGUAAAAAAGCUUCAGCAUAUGUUUUGCCAUACUCUCACGAAACCAAACAUCAACAAAAAAACAACAACAUUGCACCAGUGCAUGUUUCAAGGGAAACUGUACAAACUCCAAAGCCCUCUGCAGACACUCAUCCUGUUCAUCAAAACGACAUCAUGGAUAAUCAAACAGGAGGCGAGUUUAUUUCAACAAAUGCAACUGAAAAAGCGGUCGAAGAUAUGAGUGUCGAAGAACUUUGUAAUGUGCUGGAAUAUUUAAAAUUGGAGAGUCACGUGGAUUCGUUCAGAAGCAAUCUUAUUGAUGGUUGUCUGUUGUGUAAUCUUACCACUGAAGAAGUAACAGAUGUCGGUUUGAGUAGGUUUGAAGCCAAGAAAUUAUUUCAAUUUGUUAAUGGUUGGCGACCGAAGAUUUUGUAGCUAGAAAGAAUUAUGUAAAUGGGGACUCUUAA